GUCUCCUCCACACUUCUUCAGUGUGUCUCCUCCACCCUUGUCUCCUCCACACUUCUUCAGUGUGUCUCCUCCAAACUUUGAGUGUGUCUCCUCCACACUUCUUCAGUGUGUCUCCUCCACCCUUGUCUCCUCCACACUUCUUCAGUGUGUCUCCUCCACCCUCGUCUCCUCCACACUUUGAGUGUGUCUCCUCCACCCUUGUCUCCUCCACCCUGGUCUCCGCCACCCUUGUCUCCUCCACCCUGGUGGUCCUGCACAUGCUUGGGCAUCCGGCCCCAGAGAGCAUGUGUGACGGCGGCUCAGAAGGGACAUCACACCGCGGCGCAGGUGGCACCGUGGAGGAGGAAGGACCCGACCCAACGGCCGCCGACCUGCCAAGGAAGCGCAAAGGUGAUUUGGACGAAAGAUCAGACGCUGUCCUACACCAUGGUCUUCACUUGGAUAUGGAUGGCACUGUCACCAGGUCUGAAGGAGAGGACCAACAGGCCAAAAUGCAAUGCUUCAGGCAGCCUCACCGGCAGAUUGAGAAGCGUCGGCGAGACAAGAUGAACAACCUCAUCGAGGAGUUGUCCGCCAUGAUCCCCGCGUGUCAGCCCAUGGCAGCAAAACCGGACAAGCUGAGCGUGCUGCGUAAAGCCGUGCAACACCUGAAAGCGCUAAAAGCCGGGUCAGGCAGCACCUUUGCAGACGCUGGCCGCAAGCCUCCCAUCCUGGGUCAUGAGGACCUCAGGCACCUUCUGUUCAGGGUUGCCGACGGUUUCCUGUUAGUUGUGAGUUGUGACCGGGCGAAAAUGUUGUUCAUCUCCGAGUCCGUCUCCAAGAUCCUCAACUUUAGUCGGGUGUGUCCACCUUUUCUUCAUUUCAUGUUGUGUUGCUUCCACUGUGAUGACAGACCUUCAUGUCAGUCCUCAGUUCCAGACAAUUUAGUCGGGUGUGUCCACCUUUUCAUCAUUUCAUGUUGUGUUGCUUCCACUGUGAUGACAGACCUUCAUGUCAGUCCUCAGUUCCAGACAAUUUAGUCGGGUGUGUCCACCUUUUCAUCAUUUCAUGU